AAAAGCUCUUUAAUUUAAACUAUUUAACUAGAGAGAAAACCCAACAAAACAAAAUCGGUAUUCACUUCUUGCACACACUUGUAAAUGUUACUUUGAGCUGACUCUGCGAUUUUCUGGAUUGUUAAUUUACCAAAGAAAAUUAAAUUAAAUUAAUUAUCAACUAAAAAUGUCUCUUAUUCAGAAUUGUGUUUCUUUCACAUCAGUCUUGUUUCUGUGUUUCCAUCUCAUAACUUUUUCAUCACCUUUACAACAUGACAGCAAGCUCUUCUCUUUGAAUUCUACUCAACCCGUUAAAUCAGAGUUAAAUAUCACGAACUAUGUGAUAACUAAUAGCACAGAGUUCAAUGUCAAUGAUACAACGAACAUGUGUUUUUCAUCACCUUUACAGAAUGACUCCCAUAAAUACUACAACUCAACAAUAUUAACGAAGCCAACGGAAGCCAUGAAAUAUUGGGUUGACAUUGAUAAGAUGCCUUAUGUUACUUUGCAUCCUAUGCUAUCUAAAUCACGUCGUCGUGCUGCACCAGUUAAACUUAAUUUUGAAUUCCCGUUCUAUGGACACCCGAUAAAGAACAUAAGAAUUUUGACCAGAGGGUUUCUUUACCUUGGUUAUACUGUUGACAAUUGGCUUUCAGUAUUCCGCAAUAUUGCUUCGUUAAAGGCUGCUUCUGAUACACGGUUAAACGAAUCAUCGAAAAUUAAGUAUGCCAAGAAUUCGACUGUAUUUGUUGUCCAGUGGGAGAAUGUUGCAAUCAAGAAACUUCCUCAAGAAUUUUUGACAUUCCAAGUUUCUCUAUUUCCAAAUGGUGACAUUGUCUUUGUUUACAAGGACCUUCCAAUUUCAUUCAACGACUUACAGGAUACUCAUCAUCCUGUUAAAGUUGGACUUUCUGAUGUGUAUGUAAUUAGUGGACCCGGUUUCUUUAUUAGAAAGAAGACUAUCUAUGAGUAUCGUAUUAAAGAGGACGGAAAGGAAAAAAUACGCAACAACACCGCUAUUUACUUCACUGCCUUACCAACUUGCAUUACCCUGAAAGAUUGCGAAUCCUGUUCGGUUGGUGUUCCAGGUUUAGAUUGUAGAUGGUGUGAAAGUACUGGACGAUGCUCUGACGGAUUGGAUAGACAAAGACAAGAUUGGCUAGCUAAAAGUUGUGAUACUGAAGCUAAAAAAAAUAACUGCCUUGCAUCCACUGGUAGCUCAGCUGUAAUUCAAAGAUUAUCAAAGAUGGACCCUGUAAAAUUAGGUGGAUCUGGAAAUUAUACAGUCUUUUUGAACUCAACUGACUCUCUACAAUUACCACGCUUUGUCUCAAAAAGAGUUCAUUUGUACUACAACUCAACAGUAUACACUGAGCCAACUGAAGCCGUGAAAUAUUGGGUCAACAUUGAUAAGAUGCCCAAUGUUACUGCACAACUUAUGCUGUCUAAAUCACAUCUAAAUGCUGAACCAGUUAGUCUUGCUUUUAAAUUCCCGUUCUAUGGACACCAAAUAAAUAAUGUAGCCAUUUCGACCAGAGGAUUUCUUCACCUUGGUAAUACUGUUCACGGUUGGCACGCAACAUCCCAAUAUAUUGCUCCGUUAAUGGCUCAUUUUGAUACGCAGUUAAACGAAUCAUCGGAAAUUAAGUGCGCCGUCAACUCGACUAUGUUUGUUGCUCAGUGGGAGAAUUUUACAUGCGAGGAACUUCCUCAAAAAUUUUUCACCUUCCAAGUUUCUCUAUUUCCAAAUGGUGACAUUGUCUUUGUUUACAAGGACCUUCCACUUGCCUUUAAAGACAUACCGAAGAGCGUUAAAGUUGGACUUUCAGAUGCGUUUAUAUUUAAUAAAACUCUCAAUGAAAUUCAAAGAACGACUAUUAAUGAAUACAGUCGGAUCGAUUUAACGAACCUAAAUAUUUCAAGCCACACAAGUAUCUAUUUCUCUGCCACACCAACCUGUAAUACGUUGGUAAAUCGUGAAAGCUGUUCAAUUGGUAUUAAGGGUUUCAGUUGUAAAUGGUGUUCCGCUGUUGGACGUUGCUCUGACGGUUACGACAGAAUGAGACAGCAAUGGCUCCAGAACGAUUGCCCGACCUAAGCAGAGAUAAAAAUCCAACUACUGGAACUACUGAAGGUAUGAUUGUGAACCAUGUAUCUGAAUCAACAAAAAGUGAAAGAUAAUUAAAAAUAUUUUAUAAUG